GCCGUGCAGCGGCCGGCCGGCGACUGCCAGUGAGCCGCGCGCCGCCGUGGGGGGGAGUGCGUGGGGCUGCGAACGAGGUGCCCAGGCAGUGUGCGGUGCGUGCGAGGUGCCUGGGGCAUAAUGGGGCAGUGGCUCGGACAAAGUGGUGCAUCGAUCAGGUGAUUUUGUGCCGGGACAACCAUGGGAUUGCUGGUGCUAAGUGGAGCUCCCUUGCCCAGACUGAUUUAUAUGCUGCUGGUGAUCGUGGUGGCUCUGAGCGGAACGGAGGCCCGUCGGUCGCGGCGACCUGACUACUGUGACCCGCAGUCUCGCCAGUCGUCGUUCUUGUGGCGGAUCGACACCAAACCACCGUCGUACUUUUUCGGCACCAUCCACGUGCCGUACAACCGCGUCUGGGAGCACAUUCCGGAGAACGUGAAGCGCGCCUUCCGGCUGGCCGACUCGGUGUUCUUCGAGCUCGACCUGACUGACGAGCACACCAUAUCGGCGCUGACCAAGUGUCAGCUGCUGCCGCGCGGCGCGCGUCUCGAGCAGCUUCUGCCCGGAGACAUCUACCGCCGGCUGGAGAAGCACCUCGACUACGUGCGCAACAUGAUGCCGCUGUGGCUGACCGCCGACCAGCGCGGCCGCGGACUGUACGCCGACUACCUCUUCAACGCCAUCGCCGGCAACUGGGAGCAGAAGCGGCCCAUCUGGGUGAUGCUGAUGGUGAACAUGCUGACUGAGAGUGAUGUGCGCGCGCGCGGCGUGCCCGUGCUAGACCUCUACCUGGCGCUCGAAGCCAAGAAGACCAAGAGGACGGGUGCCGUGGAGCGGGUCGAGGAGCAGUGUCUGCCGCUGAACGGACUCAACAUUUCACAGGUGGUGUUUGCGCUAAACCAGACUCUGAACCAGCACGAGAGUAUCCGCGCUGGGGAGGAGACUCCCCUGUACACCACCGAGGACCUCAUCAGGCACUACAACUGCGGUGACCUGGACGAGGUCAUAUUUCGCAGAGACUCGUCCCAAAUACCGCCGUCGGUGUUCCAGGUGCCGCCCCUCCAGUCGGCGGCGGCGGCAGCGUCAGCCGCCCAGCGGGUCACCGCUCACAGCAUCGAGGAGUACUUCCGGGACGAGCUCAUCUACAAACGCAACCGGCGCAUGGGCGAGCGAAUACUGGAGCUGCUCUGGGCGCGGCCCAACGAGUCCUACUUCUUCGCGUUCGGCGCAGGUCAUUUUCUGGGCAACUACAGCGUUCUGAACGUGCUGCGCCAGGCGGGCUACAAAGUGACCAAAGUUGGACCUCGAGAACGGAUACGAAGGUACAACCGCCGGCGUCGGCCGGGCGGCGGCGGUCGGCGGAUUCCGCCCUCCGAGGGGGCCCGGUACCGCGGCUCAGAGCCCCCGUCACGGCAGGAGGGCCGGGGUCGACACGGGGCCCGCCACCGGGACAACAAGUACGGCGACAACUUCAGCGACCUCUGGGUCCGGAUCGACGACUCGCAGGACAGCGAGCCCGACCCGGUGGUGUCCCGGUCGGACGAGACGGUACGGGUGCUGUUCGGUCUGCCGUCGGACACCUCUGUUCGCUCCACGACCGACAUCCCACGGAGCUCCGCCGCGCUGCUCACUGCGCUUCUUCUCAUAGUGGCGGCGCUCUCGCCACCACGGACAUAGCGUACCCAGUGACCAGAGCGCCUCUGGUGGCAAGCGCUCAAAUCUGAGCUUCCUAGACUGGACUGCAGGUGACGCUGUGUGUGCUCCUCGUCAAGGAAGCGGCGAAGUGCUUCGAAUCGAAGCGGAAUUUGCGAGUAAGGCGUCGUACAAAUAUCGUGGUGCGCUUUGCGAAGUGUUUUCUCUAGUCGUGGUGCCAUGAAGGGAUGUUGUUUGAUACAUGGCUGGAUGCUGACUGGUGUGACCAUUUUGUUGCCGUUGACCCGUGAUCUAUAACGUCACAUCGUGUUGGUAUUUGGUAAUAUUGGUCAAAUAUUCCGUGGUAUAUGGUGUCAUCUUAGUCGAUUUGUGACAACUUUGAGUGUACUUGUGUGACUGUGUGUAAUGUGUUAGUGUGACGUGAGUGGGUUUAACACCGGACGAACUAUGACAUUGCUACUGUGUCCUUUAUGUUGACCGGGUGCUGCCGACCGAUAUCUAUUGAAGAACGACAAACUGCUGCACUGUGCCGCAUUAUAUUAGUGGUGUAAUUGAACGACACACAUGACUUGUACCUCGUACGUGACCUUGUGACCCGCGUAUGGUAAUACAGGCGAUAUGUUGACCUCAG